AAAUUUGAGUUUUGAUAGGAUACAAUUACAGUACGUGCUCAUUGGGGGACUCGCUUUACAAAAUUACUCCCAAUCUGAAGUCUGCAAUCCAAUCUUUGAUUCUGAGUAAGAAGUAAGAUAAACUGAUGAUCACUCGCAGAUUCAGGAAGCCUAACCUAACCUAACCCUAGUUCUAUAAUCAACGCCAUGAACCAGAAGAUCGAUAGCGCAAACAAAACUAAUAAUAAUAAGAAGAAGAAGAGUGAAUUCGAGUUUUGCAAGGUUUGCAAUCUGAAUCAAGAGCAAGGACAUCGCCACAAGUACUUUCCUAGCCACAAGAAGUCCCUCUCUUCUUUCCUCUCUCGAUUCCAGAGCAAGCUAGUCGACAUUCGGUUCUUCCUCAAAAACCCUAGUGUCCUGCGCCGCGAACACGCGUCUCGCAAUCGCUUCUGGUGCGUCUUUUGCGAUACUGAUAUCCACGAGAUAGACAGCUCUUUUGCUUGUGCUAAUGCAAUAAAUCAUCUGGCAAGUGAGGACCAUGCGAAGAAUUUGAAGCAUUUCCUUUGGAAAUAUGGUGGUGAGAUGAAUCACAUGGAUACUUAUCGAAUUUUGGAAGCUGAUAUAACUAAGUGGGAAAAGAAGUGCAAAUCACUGGAGAAUGAAGCUGCAUCAUCCAAUGGAUCUAAUAUGCUGCAAGUUGGACCUUCAAAUGAUAUCCAAAAUGAACUCAACCACAAAUAUAGAAAUAAUUUUGAAAGCUAUUCUUUUGACCCUACUAAAUCAAAUAUUUCUAAUGGUGUUAUGCCUUUACUUUAUUUCACGAAUAAGAAUCAGAUAUCCCAUUCAGAACUCUCAGCAGUUACAAAGGUUGGGUCAAUUGUACAUGAUACUGUCUCUUCUAUUCCGGCAGAUGUAUGGAAUUCAAAUGAUUUAACAGUGGACUGGAAUAGCCAACAGCCUCUCCCAUAUAGCAGUGUAAUAUCAUCCUGUGACCUUGGUUAUAGAGAGCUAGGCCAAGGUUAUCAGGGUGGCGGAAUGGUAAAUGGAAUGACCAGCUCACAAGGUUCACAGAAUAUCACUCAAACAUCUGCAACUCCUGGAAAGGCUGGAGGGAAUGUGCAUACUGGAGCACCUCCUCCUUGGCUUGAAGCUACUGAAGAAACUCAGCUAGUUGCUGAAUUGAAACCAAUUUCAUCUAGCUUCAUCUCCCUCUCAAACAAGCCCGGGAAAAAAUUAAAUCCAAAACGGGUGGGAGCUGCUUGGGCAGAAAGGAGAAAAAUUGAGCUGGAGAUGGAGAGAAGAGGAGAAAUAGUCAAGAGUGAUGGCGAUGAUAACUGGCUUCCUAAUUUUGGUAGGGUUUGGCAAUCAGGAACUAGAAAGGAAUCUAGAAAAGAGUUUGAGAAGGAGAAACAAAAAUUACCGAAGGUCGAAAGUCAUUCUGAGAUGCCUAUUAAAAUGGAGCCUUACAUCAGCAAAAGAAUGCGGAGGGAUGCAAGUGAAUGAUUGUCAAGGAUGUAUAGUGAUUAUCAGGCAGAUGAAAGAUAGUACAGGUGAUAGACAUGGUGAGAGGUUAAUACGUAUAUUCUCCUGCCACUCCCCGUACCUUUGAAUUUGAGAUCAACUGAGUUGGAUAUUGCUGUGGAAGGUGAAAAGGGAUAUUGGUGAACUUCAGUCCAGAGUUAGUAAAUCAGCUGUCAAGAUUUUGUGGUAAUCGUGACAAUGCUUUUGAUACGUGAUGCUCUUUCAUUGUCCUGAAAUGGAACUAUCCCACAUCUCAUGUUACAAAAGUGAUGAUUGAUUUCCAUUUUUGCUAUCGUGAAUGUUGCAAUU